GGGGCGUUGCCGGUAAGAGUUGAGGGUUUCCUUUUCCAUCCGUUGGAACGAAGCUUCUUCUGUUAUUUUUUCAAACCUAACAUUCCCUUCUCCGCUGCUCGUUCAUCUCCGGCGAGCCGUCGCAAUGCCUUAGGGCAAUGGUUUUACCCUCGAUGGUUCAAAAAACAACAGAAAAGUUCACUGAUCAGAGACUACUCAGCAGCAGAUUUGUCACAACUGCUUCAGACAACCAUUAUCCCUUGUCCACAAACAGAAUGUCUCUGACAGAAUUACCAAAUGAAUCAGAAAGCAUCAUGGAAUCACCAGCAAGCUCUGCACAGCCUAAAGAACCACAAAACAAUUCAGAUUCGGCAAACUUAGUUGGCAACAAGAGGCAACAAUCUCUGGCUACUAAUAGCUCGACCGGUCAUCUUGUUUAUGUUCGUAGAAAGCUCGAAACUGAGCAUGGAAAGACAAAUAUCUCUUCGAACGGCGACAUGGCGUGCUCAUUGGGGCUGAGGAAAUUUGGCGUUGAGGUUUCCGCAAAAACUGAGAUGCAACAGGAGCAGAGUGUGAGGCUAGAAGAUCAGAAAAAUGGAGCUGAAGAAGGUCCAAGGCUUGCUGAAACCAAGGAAGAGAUCAGUAGCUAUUGGACUGAGAGAUUUAAUUGCCUUCAGGACCAUCUGAAGUACUUGGAUGAGUCAGGUUCAAAGGAUUAUGCAGAGA